AUGAUAGUACCUCCUGUACCCAUAAAUCGAAUCCAUCUACCACCAACAUUUGUAUUGAAUAAUAGUCCGUUAUCACAAGAAUCACCUACUCCAGAUGUAGCUAUGUUUCGUGAAGGAUCAUUGACAACUGUGUAUGAUGAACAAGGUGGAUCACCACUAGGUCCACCAUUACCAACAUCAAAGAUUGUUGGUACGGUUGCACCUAAAAAUUCAUCAAUUAAAUUAAUGAACUCCUGUGUUAUUUAUAGGUUUUAA